AGAGACAGCGCGAUGUGAGUCCGUCCGCCCGCACGCCCGUGGAGAAGAGACGCAGGGCAGGGUCAGGCAUGCCCCGGAAACGGGCACGGCAUGACAACCACGGCGAUCUCAUCAGCGGACUUCCUGACGACAUCCUUGGUACCAUUAUCUCCCUCCUCCCGACAAGGGAGGGCGGCAAAACGCAGCUCCUCGCCCGCAGCUGGCGCCCACUCUGGCGCUACGCUCCAGUGAACAUUUGCUGCGACCGCCCCAUCUGCAGCAAGCAAUACAAACGCAUCUCCGUCAUCUCCGACCUCCUCUCCAUCCACCGUGGCACCACACGCCGCUUCAACCUCGACCCCAUCCGCUUUCGCACAGACGAAGAAAAGAAAGUUCUCGAGAGCUGGUUCCGUUCCCGAUCCUUCGCCAAACUUGAGGAGCUCAUCAUCGGCUUCGCGGACAGCAAGUACCAGCUGCCAUCAUCGGUGCUUCUAUGCACAUCAGCCCUUGUCGUGGCCAAAAUCAGCCGCUGCGUUUUCCCAAAAGAGGUAACUGAUUUGCCCAGCUUUCCCUUGCUCAAGGAGCUCAGCCUAUGCUCCGUUUACAUCGCCGAGGAUGUCUUCCAUGGGUUGCUCUCUCGUUGCCAUGUCCUGGAGUCACUGUAUUUGGAGGGACUUAACGACACGGGCUCCUUCGAAAUAAGCUCGGAAACUCUUACGAGCGUGGGCCUCGGCAACUGUAUUUUGAAGCAAGGAGAAUUGAUUAUCAAGUAUGCCCCUCGCCUUGAAAGGUUGCUACUACCUCGUCCGAGUAGAGGUCCUUAUAUUCUCCGUGUAAUUGAAGCACCUAAACUUCAAAUAUUGGGACUUUUGUCGCCCUGCAUCUCCCAACUUGAGAUUGCAAACACAUUGUUCGAGGUAGGAGCACCAACCACUUGCUCUUGAUUCUUUCAUGCAAGAUUGUUACAUGCAUAAUAAUAUUUUCCCAUGUCCUUUUUUUUUACAGAGUUUAGCCCCAACCAGCUUGGCCCCAACCAGAUUGGCCCCAACCAGCUUGGCCCCAACCAGCUUGGAGAACACGAUGAGAACCGUGAAGAUUUUGGCUCUCGAGUUCUCUGUCGCUGAUUUGGAUGCUACUAUUGGUGUUUUAAGGUGUUUUCCCUGCAUAGAAAAACUUUAUGUCAACUUUAUGAAAUGGUUGGACAUACCUGUGAACAAACAUGUGCACCCAACAGAUCCAGUCAAGUGCCCUGAGAUCAAUCUAAAAGUAAAAGAACUGGUGUUGAACAAUUAUAAGGGUAGUGAGCAAGAUGUUUGCUUUGCCAAGUUCUUUCUUUUGAACUCAAAAGUGCUAAAGAAAAUAAGACUAGGAAUCAUCCAGAAGAUCCAUGUUCUUAAAAACCGUGAGAUUGUCACCAAUGAAUGGAAGGAUCAUCGAGACAUGCUGCUAAAAAUCCCUUCGCCUCAAGCUAUUCUCAAAUUCAAGGAAGAAGCUGCCGGAAAAGGGCUCGGAUCAGCAGCGCUGCUCCUGCCAUGGAUGAUUUGGAAGCACCGUAACGAGUGUGUUUUUGAGGGAGCACGGCCGUCUGUGCGCGACCUGAUGUCCAAAUUCAAGGAAGAAGCUGCCCUCUGGGCUAAGGCAGGUGCUAUGGGACUUAGGGUUUGGCGAUGGUCAUCUCCAUUGACUUCGGUCUAGAUCGAACGGAGGAAUGCAUCGUAUUUUGCUUAUUUCUUGUUGAUGUGUCAGUGGUCAAAGAUUGUGCGUUAUGUUUGAGCUUAAAUUGGAUAUUGCUGCUCCACUUCUAGUUUAAUAUUCCUCUCUAUCUCCCAACAGGGUAUGUUAUGUAAAAAUAGUUUACUUCCAAAAAAAUAAAUGUAACUGGGAAUUGUAAGCUGAGCAUCAAACUUCUUUUGCACUGUCUUCUGUCUGAUAAAGUAUGGAUGCUACCUAGGUUCUCACA